UACUGACUGUCACGUGGUAGUUCUUACUUUUGACGUUAAAACACCCGUUUUCAUCUCCCGACUACAUCAUCUCGUGUCCGUCACGUGCACGAUGUGUCACGUAUUGAAACAACUUCUGACUUGACACUUGGAUUGUUACAGACACUUACUUUAUUUAGUCUCUACUAAAUAGACUUUGUGUCGUUUGUUGUCGUUAAAAAGUGCUUUUUCAUUAGAUUACUUGUGUUGUAUAAAAGAAUGAUAAAUAAUUAAUGUGACUUAAUAAAUAAUAUAACAAACCUGAGCUUCUGGAGAAAUUUAAUAUAAUUGUGAAUAAAAUAAAAUUGUGAUAAAACGUGUUCUUAAACUGUAAAGUGAAAUUUUUUUUUUUUUCUAUUUCAUGCAACGACAAUAAGACAAAAGUGUUAUUACUUAAAUGGAGUGUACUUGUAAUAACAAUUGGAUAAGCUAUGGUCCUUGUAGAUCUGCCCGGAUCUCCGAAGACUUAAAUAAUGAAGAAAUUGUAUCAACGUAGAUCUACAUAAAAUCCUGGAUUUAAAUCUCCGCAGAUCUCGACUAUUUUUCCACGAAAAGUAAAAGAUCCAGCGCAUAAAAAUUAAACAUUGAAUGGUGACCCUAGGACACAGUAUUGGAGUAAUAUAUUUGUAGAGUAAAGUACGACGACUUCCUGAAUAAAUGCAUUGAUGCGUUUAAAGGAAAUGGCAGGCAUAAAUACUGCAAUGUAUAUGAUAAAACAAAUAAAAUACCCCAAUGUCGUUUGCAUAUCACGUAUAACAAACUUCUCGAAUGAUUUGUCGUACAUCCAAUAGGAGUGCGGUUUUAACGGCAGGAAGUUUACGGAAAAUCACCCUAUAAACAAAGUCUGUAGAUUUGACGACAAACUCAGAGGUUGAGGAUUUAAAGUUAAAAAGAGUAUAAACGUAAGAGAACGAGGGAAAGAAUAAAAAAAAGAAAAGGGAUAAUAUAGUGUGAGGAAAAGAGUAAAAGAAGAAUUUAAAAAGUUAAAGACGCAGUGGUGGUACGUCAUACAUAUAGGGUGGUACGCGCGGUAUGGUGGUGACGGUGGUGGUUGCCAACAAAUGCUGCCAUGCUUGGACGAUGCCAGCCGGCGACCUGGACGUGGCCGCUGGAACCAAUGCUAAGGACACUCGACCUCGUACAUAUUACAACGACAACGACAACAAGCUGGUUGGUUGUGAUACUCGUGUUUACCAUUUGUGGCACUCACGCUGGCCCGAGGUAUGCUUCGCGCAUCGUCGAGACCAGAAGUGGCCAGAUAAGAGGCAUACUGCAGGAAUUAAACGGGCGAUUGGAUCCAGUGGAAGUAUUUCGAGGUAUUCCUUACGCUGCUCCGCCGAUUGGAGACUUACGACUGCGAGCUCCAUCCCCGCCAAUUCCUUGGUCUGGCGUAAAACUUGCCGACACAUUCGGACCAGUUUGCCCUCAGAAACCACCAAAUGUUGCCAAUUACACGAUUGCUCUCAGCAUGAUGCCAGGGGGACGCUACGAACCGCUAAGAAAAAUGGUAUCUCAUCUUGGAAAUCAGAGCGAAGAUUGUCUGACUUUAAAUUUAUAUAUUCCCGGCAGUGGAUCAAGAGGAUUGGAAGCACCGUAUGCCGUUAUUGUUUACAUUCACGGUGAAAGUUUUGAAUGGGGUUCGGGUAAAAUGUACGACGGUUCAGUGCUUGCAAGUGCAGGUCAUGUUAUAGUCGUUACACUCAAUUAUCGACUUGGAAUUUUAGGUUUCCUGAGGACCCGAGUAACACCCGAUGCAAAUGGUAAAUUGAACGGCAAUUUAGCAUUGAAGGACAUUGUCAGAGGUCUUCAAUGGGUGAGAGAGAACAUUGGAGCAUUUGGAGGUGAUCCAACACGUGUGACGUUAAUGGGACAUGACACUGGAGCGGCUCUUGUUAAUCUUGUUCUUCUUGCACCAUUUUCCAAAGGUUUACUGCACAGAGUAAUACUAUUGAGUGGUUCGGCACUAAGUCCUUGGGCAUCAGUACACGAUCCUAAUAACCUGAGGCGAAAGGUCGGUGAGCAACUUAACUGUUCAAUGAACAACGACGAAGAGGACAUUGCUGAUUGUCUUCGUGGUGUACCACUUCAUGUGUUACUUAACAUUGAGUUGCCUGAAAUCAAAUUUAUGCCACGCAUUGGACCUGCGUUGCCAAUAUAUCAAAACAAUCCAGAUCCAGCGAUGGACAUGGAACGAGCAAGUGAUGCAUUUAUUAAGGUUCCACUUAUACUCGGUGUAACGACUGCCGAGGCUUACCUAGAUUUCAAUGACAAUGAAAUACAAUUUGGCUUUGAAGAGAAUCAGCGUAAUCGGAUUUUACGAACGUACAUCAGAAAUGCAUAUUACUAUCAUUUAAAUGAAAUACUGUCAGCUGUGAGAAACGAGUACACUGAUUGGGAUAAACCAAUAAUACAUCCAGUUAAUUUAAUGGAAUAUACUAUGGAGGCUCUCAGUGAUGGACACACUGUUGCUCCGCUUAUGAGAGUUGCAUUUUAUCAUGCACGACGUGGUGCCAAUACUUACUUUUACCACUUUAACUAUCAAUCCAAGGACAGUAAAUUUCCGCAGCGAUUGGGUAGUGUACGUGGUGAAGACAUACCUUAUAUAUUUGGAUUACCAUUGAUAUCUGGUGGAGCAUUUUUCCCUCACAAUUACAGUCGGCAGGAUCAAGGUGUCGCUGAAGCCAUACUCACGUUUCUUACUAAUUUUGCUAAAACUGGAAAUCCCAAUUUACCUCAUAAUAUUGAGUCUGUUGAUUAUGGAACCGAGAGAGAAAAAGCUCGAUUCCGAGGACUUAAUUGGGAACAAUAUGAAACUGAAUCACAAUCUUAUUUAACGAUAGCUCUCAAACCAAAAGUAAAGAGUCAUUAUCGUGGUCAUAAAAUGGCAAUGUGGUUAAAUUUAAUACCGCAGUUGCAUCAACCGGGUGAUGAGGAUGUAUCAAUGAGACAUCAUCAUUUUCGUGAGCAUGGAGAUCAUUUUUAUUCAGGAACUGUGCGCGAUGAAUGGCACACACCAGUGCCACUGUUUGAUCCAACAAGGACAAGCACAAUGUCGACAUCAUGCACAACUCAAACAGACGAUCAAAUAACAGAAGACAUGACUGCAAUAUUAAAUAACAAUAACGACGACGCGGAAUUACUUCAAAGAUUAGCGUCGCGUCACUAUUACAGCACAACAACCGCACUAGCAAUAACUGUCGGUGUCGGAUGCAUUCUAUUGGUACUAAAUAUGUUAAUAUUCGCUGGUAUUUAUUACCAACGUGAUCGUGAUAAAAAACGGGCAUCAUUGGGAUGUAUGACCAAUGGUCAAGAAUCGUUAGCGAUGACGACACGUCCGUCAAUAAAAUCAAUCGACAAUAAUUCAACUGCUGGUCAAGAACCGCCGCCUUCGUACACAACGUUGGCGAGAAAUACAAACAAUACUUUGAAAAAUCAGCAACAAGAACAGAAGCAACAGCAACAACAACAACAACAACAUCAGCAUCAGCAUGAUGUUGAUAAUAAUAUUUCAAUGCCAACGAUUAUGACGAAUCAGCAAAUAAAUAACGAUAACGAUAAUGAUAAUGAUAAUGAUGAUAAUGACAAUGAUGAUAACAAUGACAGUGAUGAUGUUAAUAAUGAACAAGUUAUUAAAAAUACUUAUAUUAACUCGUCAUCGACACAUAGUAAUAAAGACUUAAUAAUGCCUCCUAAACCACCGGUUAGAACGACUAGUUCAUUAAGUACUGGGGUGGGGGCUGGGGGUGGGGGCGGUACUAUUAAAAAACGUGUGCAAAUUCAAGAGAUAACUGUAUAGCAUUAGGGGUUGCCCCAAGCGGGCACGAUUAAAUCCAAGCACGUUACUUUUAAUGAAGAUAAUAAUACGAUUCAAGAUACACGUUUUUAAUUUUUUUUUUACUAUUAGAUUCGUUAAUUAAAAAUUUUUUUAUUUCUGAUGGAGAUUAUUUUAUUUUUAUUUUAGAAUGUUGGUAUAAUUUAAAGGGUGAAAAAAAAAUGGACUUUUGUAAAAUAGUAUAUUGUGUGACAAGGGAUGAAACAAGACGAUUUCAGACUAAUGGUAAUAAUUACCAUUCUAGAUGGUAAUCAGUCCUAUUUUUUAAAGGAUGGGAAUCGAUACUAUGUAGCAUGGAAAUGAUUACCAUUCUUCUGGUAAUAUUUAUCAUAUUACAUAGUAAUCAUGCUACUGGUAAAUAUCACUUUGUAGCAUAGUAAUCAAAGCCAUGCUAGAAUGCUACUGAGUCCUAUGCUGUAUAGCGUGAAAGCAGUUUAAAUAUUAAGUGCUGCUAUAUAGUAUAUACGUCCAACAUAUAAAUUAUGACAUGACCAUAAUUCUAACAGAUGACAUUUCAUUGCGAUUUAUUAAAAAAAAAAAUAAAACAACUUAAAAAAAAAACGUUACAUGUAAUAGUUUUUCAUAAAAAAAUAAAGGUAUUAUUGAAUGUGUGGAAUAAUUUUCAAUCAGUUAAAAUUUUUUAAAUCAGUUAAAAAUUUAUUUAUUAUUAAUUAAAUAACCUAAUUUUUUAAUUAUAAAAGCUUAUUUUAAUAUUAACCUUACUGCCUUAAAUUGGAAGCAGCUUCAUCGAAAUUGUAAUAAUUCCAAUGUAGCAUAGGAAUAACC